AUGAGUCGGCUUCGAUCUGUCACCACGACUCUGGUGCAGACACUGAGCCGGCUCGGGGGAUCGACGCCGACCCCACACUCCAACCUGUCGCGCAUGAGAGGCUGCCGCACAUUCAUGGAGGACCAAUCUUUCACGGGCAACCCCCUGGUCCGGGGCCUGCGCCGGGGGGCCACCCUGGAGACCGCCCUGCGCAGCCCCGGGGCCCGGUUCCUGCCCGUCUCCGAGCGCAGGGUGGGCGUGGACCCCGACGGGGGCCUGGCCUGGCUGACGCCAGGGAGCCUGGCCGGCGCGGGCCUGCGGCUGGACCCGGGCGCGGAGCACCUGGCCGCGCAGGGUGACAUCGAGCUCCCGCUCUACACCCUGGGCCUGGACCGCGAGGCCUGGCACUUUGCGGUGGAUGUCUCGAGCCUGGGACCUGAAGCCCCCGCCCUGCCCCGCCUGGCUGAGGUGCGCAGCCUCAUGCCCCUCCUGCCCACCGACCAGCUGGCGAUCGCGGGGCAGGCGGUGGCGCUGGCGCAGUGGCACGCCGCCCACGCGUUUUGUCCCCGGUGCGGGGCCCCCACGCGAUCGGCAGAGGGCGGCGCGCGGCGCCAGUGCCAGGGCGACGCGGCGCACCGCCUCUACCCGCGCACCGACCCGGUGGUCAUCAUGCUGGUGGAAAGCGCGGACGGCAGUGCGGCGCUGGUGGGGCGACCCCUCAACUACCGCGCAGGCAAUAUGCUGACCUGCCUGAGCGGGUUUGUGGACCAGGGCGAGUCCAUCGAGGAGGCCGUUUUGCGCGAGGUGGCUGAGGAAGCCGGGCUGAAGCUGGCGAGGGUGGAGAUCCUGGGAUCCCAGCCUUGGCCCAUAGGUCGAGGCGGGUCCUGCGAGCUCAUGAUCGGGUGCGUCGCAAAAGCCACCAGCAACGACAUCGACAUGGACGCAGCUGAGAUGGCUAUCGUGCAGUGGUUGCCGCGGGAAGACGUGCGCAAGGCUCUCAAAAACAGCGGCAGCGCCGCCAGCCCCCUGAAUGGCGGCAAUGGGGCCGGCAUGCCCUUCUUCCUGCCGCCACCCUAUGCCAUAGCCCACCACCUGCUCAAGAGCUGGGCAGAGAGGGAUGGGUCCUGGUUUGCAGAGGCCCAGACCCCAGCGCUCGCCCGCAUCUGA